CUUCGGGAAGCUAGGUGUGGUUUUUAUCCCCCAAAACAUGACAGAGAAGUGAAAGAGAAAACACUAUUUUCACGAUGACUGGGAGGAAGAGUUCUUUUUCACGACAGUGAAAGAUAUGCGUCCUAUUUGCGGGGCGACUAUUGCGUCGGCAAAGCGGCACAAUGUGGAGAGACGCCACUUUAGCCGCUACAAAGCUUCCAUGCUAACUAGCCACCUGCUAGCGCACAUAGACUGGAUGCGCACUACGGACAGAAAAAGCCCCGGACUUAAAGGCAGCUUUGGCAUCUACUACGCGACGAAAAGUUUCUUCGUGGAGAAAAAUGUACCAUUAGAAAAGCUUGUUUUAGUGACGACAGAUGGGGCUCCUCCAUGACGGGUCGGCAUGCAGGCUUCAUUGUACGAUGCAGAGGUGAUCCAGACUUCCCAACAUUCCUACACUACCACUGCAGCAUUCACCAGCAGGACAUAUGUAUGUACAAAAGUGGCCGGAUUUGAUCAUGUGAUGACUGGUGUCGUGAAGAUCAUAAAUGGCUCCAAAGCCAAACAACCAGGACAUUGAAGGUGCUGCUGGAGGAGCUGUCAGCUGAUCAUGGUAACCUGUUACUACACACAGAAACCCCAUGGAUCAGCAGGGGACCAGUUUUGCAGCAUUUUUUUUUGUCACUGUUGGCCGAAAUCAAAGAGUUGAUGCAAUCCAAAGGGGAAGACACCUUGCUGCUAGAGGACACUGAGUGGAUUCUUGCCCUUGCAUUUUUAACAGACAUCACUGGGAAACUGAACCAUCUGAACUGUGAGCUGCAAGGUAAAGGGCUGGUAUUGAUGAUGUGGAGACAGAUGUGGUGGAAAUUGAAGCAAAGCUAGACAAGCUGGUGAAGCUGUGCAGCGGGAUGAUUGAGGCCGGCAGGGCCUACGUCAGCGCCAACAAGCUCUUUGUUAAUGGCAUCAAAGACCUGUCCCAGCAGUGCAAGAAAGAGGAGACGAUAUCGGAAUGCCUUGAAAAGUGUGGAGAAAGCCUCCAGGAGAUUGUCAACUACCACAUGAUUUUGUUUGACCAGGCUCAGAGGUCGAUCAAACAGCAGCUUCACACCUUCAUCAAAGAGGACGUUCGCAAGUUCAAGGACACCAAGAAGCAGUUUGACCGAGUGCGUGAGGACAUGGAGCUGGCCCAGGUGAAGAACGCACAGGCUCCCAGGAACAAAGUGCAUGAGGCAGAGGAGGCGACACAGGCCCUCAUCCUGAGCCGCAAAGCCUUCCGACACCUGGCCCUGGAUUAUGUGCUACAGAUUAAUGUGCUGCAGGCCAAGAAAAAGUUUGAAAUCCUGGAUGCAAUGUUGUCCUUCAUGCGAGCCCAGUACACUCUGUUCCAACAAGGCUUUAACAUCUUGGACGAGAUUGACCCCUAUAUGAAAAAACUGGCAGCACAACUGGAUCAGCUGGUCAUUGACUCCGCCAUGGAGAAGAGGGAGCUGGAGCACAAACAUGCCCUCAUCCAGCAGAGAACUCUGAUGCAGGAUUUUUCCUAUGAUGACCCCAAGUUGGAAUUCAACGUGGAUGCACCCAAUGGUGUGGUCAUGGAGGGCUACCUCUUCAAGAGGGCCAGCAAUGCUUUUAAGACCUGGAACAGGCGAUGGUUUUCUAUACAGAACAGCCAGCUGGUUUACCAAAAGAAACUCAAGGAUUCUUUGACAGUGGUGGUUGAGGAUCUGAGAUUGUGCUCUGUCAAACCAUGUGAAGAUAAUGAAAGAAGGUUUUGCUUUGAGGUGGUUUCGCCCACUAAGAGCUGCAUGCUACAGGCUGAAUCCGAGAAGCUGCGACAGGCUUGGAUCCAGGCAGUGCAGGCGAGCAUCGCUUCUGCUUACAAAGACAUCACCGACAACUAUUACAUUGAGCGUUUGGACCGGACAGCCUCACCCUCUACCAGCAGCAUCGACUCUGCCAGUGAGCCCAGAGAGAGGGGGGAGAGGGCUGAUAAGGGAGUUCGGGGAGGAGGAGAAAGCCUCCUGCAGCGGGUACAGAGUCUGCCAGGCAACGAGCUGUGCAGUGAUUGUGGCCAGACGGCUCCCUGCUGGGCCUCGAUCAACCUGGGAGUGCUGCUUUGCAUCGAGUGCUCCGGGAUCCACAGGAGUUUGGGCGUCCAUUGCUCUAAAGUGCGUUCGCUGACGCUAGACUCAUGGGAACCAGAGUUACUCAAGCUGAUGUGUGAACUGGGGAACACAGUAAUCAACCAGAUUUAUGAGGGAAGCUGUGAGGAGCUGGGAGCGAAAAAACCUGGACCCUCCAGUUCAAGACAGGAGAAAGAGGCUUGGAUCAAGUCUAAAUAUGUGGAGAAACGCUUCCUGAAGAAGAUGAGUGGCAGUGAGGCAUUGGUGGAGGGUGAAAGGAAGUCCCGCCCCUGGACAGUGAAGAAGUGCCAGCGACACAACAGCUCUGUCAGGGCCCCCAACAAGGCCCGCAGGAAAUACCACCGCUAUGAACCUGGCAGCGCCUCACCUGCAAACCUCUCAGCAGCAGCAGCAGCAAAGUUUCGUCGGGACUCGCUGUUCUGUCCAGAUGAGCUGGACUCACUGUUUUCCUAUUUCGACACUGGCUCUGGUCCUCGCAGCCCUGCAGGUCUUAGCAGCGACAGUGGGCUGGGAGGAAGCACCGACGGCAGCACAGACAUCCUGGUUUUUGGCUCAGUGGUGGACAGUGUAACAGAGGAAGAGGAGGAGUCAGAGGAGUCCUCUAGUGGUGAGGUGGAGAUUGAUCAGGAAGUGUCCUCGGACCCUGAGGACCCGAGGGAGCUGCACCCCGGGGCGCUUCUUCACCGAUCCUCCCGUCUCCACAACCUGCCACUCAUGGCGGAGGCACUGGCCCACGGUGCUGACGUACACGCUGCAAGUGAGGAGGAGGAGGGGAAAACGCCGCUCAUUCAGGCUGUGAUCGGGGGCUCCUUGAUAGCUUGUGAGUUCUUGCUGCAGAAUGGAGCCGAUGUGAACCAGCGAGACAUGAGAGGCAGAGGCCCUCUGCAUCAUGCUACAUACCUGGGACAUACUGGUCAGGUGUGUCUGUUCCUUAAGAGAGGAGCAUCGCAGACGGAGGUGGAUGAACAGGGUCAUGAUCCUCUUAGCAUCGCUGUCCAGGCUGCCAACGCAGACAUCGUCACCCUGUUGCGUCUAGCACGGAUGAACGAGGAGAUGCGAGAGGCGGAAGCUCCAUUGGGUCAACCAGGGGUUGCCACGGGCAGCGGGAGAGUUAAACCCAAGGAUGUUCGGGAUAGAGUAACAUCUCCUGUGUUGAUGUCUUUCGCGAGUUUUCUGUCCUCGCGUCUCUCCAGCCCGAGAAGUUGAGGAGAAGGAGCAUACAGUUCAGCCGCUACAAGAAACCAUCGUGACUACUGCCAACCACCACUUCAUCUGAACACGCUUCAGUCACUUUGGAAUUAAAAGAGAAGCUAUUAAAAAAGACAUUUUGAUGCUGGGUGGGAUAAGCAAAUGGUCAAACCCCAGCAGGCACUAGUAAAAACUGUUUUAUAACAGACUUUCAGCUGUUCUCAUUUGUCUUUGUAAAUAUGUCUGAAUAAUAGAUAUUAAUUAUUUCAAAAUGUUACACUGGUGUUAUUUCAGUUGACCUGAUUCCAGUUUUGUUAACCGCAGUGUAUUGGCUGCAGAGUCAUCAUGUCAGAUGAUGUGGAGACCUAAAUUGACAAUAAAGACACAUAACACAAAAAGCAUCUUCAAAAUUGAAAUAUCAGCAACGAUCAAGUUCUCAAAGGACUGGAUCCUACAUUUGCUUCCACUCUAUGUCCUCUGAAUUUUGUGAACUCCAGGGUGAAGUCAAAGUAACCCCAGUGAUGAUGGUAAAUCAGUUUAUUUAUUAGACAGUAUGUAAAUGUUUUCUUAUUCUUGAUCAUACUCUCUGUGAUGAGUAAACUAAACUCAGUGUUUAAAAUCAGCAAAGUAGCCCUUUAGUGUUUAGCCAUAGAUUUAUUUUGUCAACUGCAAAUCUCUUAAGAAAUGAUUUAGAAACUGUUUUGGAGCUGGUGUCAGGAAUAAAAUAAAUAGAAUUAAGUCAGA